AUGAGCUCACCGAUCCACGGAGAGAGCGUGAGAUCUCAGCUCCACGAAAUCGACGAAGAGAUCAAUCGGCAUCCCGAAGAUGUGGAAGAAGAUGCCCGCUACUUGGCUAUCGACCUUGUGACGCCGCAGAAAGUCAGGGUCAAGAUCUAUAUUCGAGUUCCCGGCCACACCUUCGGAGAUGCUUGGACGCAGUAUGCCGCUGUCGUGUCUAGAUGCCUCGCACCGGGCGGGUGGGUUGAGAUGCAUGAUUUCAGUACAUUUGAGCUCUUCUACAUUGGUCACGACGAGGCUGCCCCGGCUGCUGAGAACUGA